AUGGGCAGCGCUGCUUGGAAGAUGAGUGUUGUGGAGAAGGGAGAAGAGAUAAGGAAAGGCCCCUGGACAUUAGAGGAAGAUAGCAAGUUAAUUUCCUGUGUAAGACAGAAUGGUGCAGCUCGUUGGAGUUCACUUGCCAAACUUGCAGGUUUGAAGAGAGAUGGGAAGAGUUGCAGGAUGAGAUGGCUCAAUUAUCUGCGCCCAGAUCUUAAGCAUGGCACCAUUACCCCCCAGGAAGAGAGCUUAAUCAUUGAAUUGCAUAAUAAAUGGGGAAACAAGUGGUCUCGGAUUGCCGAGAAUAUACCUGGAAGAACAGAUAACGAGAUAAAAAACCAUUGGAGAAGCCAUAUCAAGAAAAUGUCUCCAGAGCUAAUUCGGAGUUGUAACUGGCCGCCAACUUCAGAAAAUAAAGCGCAAAUGGAAGCAGUAAGAGAAGAUAAUGAGCCUUCUAGCAGCAAAGGCUUCGAGGAUCCCCAAAUGGCCACAAUGAAGGAAUAUUAUGCGGAAUCUGAUGCAGCCAAGACUCUAAACCAGUUGAGCUGUGAUGCUUCUGAGUUACAUGAUGGUUAUCGAGACUUCUUCACUUGUGAAGAAAUAAACAAAGAGUUCAUCGACAAAUCAUCUGAUAUGGGUACGGUAAGCGGAACGGUAGCUGAAACUUAUGCAGCAAGUAUUGUCCAACAUAAUGCAAUCCGCUCUUCUUCUUCUGUGACAGAUUCUCCAAUGACUGUCUUGUCAGACAGUGAAGAGUUCUCGUGGGAUUAUAACUACAUCGCCUUAUGGAAUUUAGAUCAUGAUGUCCCGAGUAUGCAUAAGUAA